AUAUCGCUCAUUGAGGAUUACGUCAGAUCUCCCGCAUGUACGACGCACAAUUCUGUCAGCAAGUUUCACGAUCAGCUGCGAGAGCAAAUUCAUUUCGGACGUUUUGAUCGAAUUGAUCGGAAAAUAUGGUGCGAGCCUGGUAUAUGGACAACAGCGAUACCGACCAACGAUUGGAACAUCACCGGCAGCCCGCAGAGUUCGUGUCGUUGGACGAGCUUUUCGCAAAAACAGGUGUCGAAUAUUUUAAGGUAGAUCAUUUAAAUUAUGAAGAAGACGUUACGUUAACAAAAUUACGACAGGACCGCUCUUAUACAUACGAAGAUGAGAUAACGUGCUCCAAAGAGUGCUUACUAAAUUAUGAGGAAAAGCUCAAGAACUUCUAUACCGAGCAUCUUCACACCGAUGAGGAGAUCCGUUUGGUUCUGGACGGUUCAGGUUACUUCGACGUACGGGAUAAGGAUGAUCAAUGGAUUCGAAUCGAAGUAAAGGCCGGCGAUUUGAUAAUUAUACCGAGCGGAAUCUAUCAUCGUUUUACUCUGAAUUCUAACAAUUACGUAAAGGCGAAAAGAUAUUUUGUGGGAGAGCCAGUUUGGCUGCCAUACAACAGACCGGCCGAUGACAUGGAAUGCCGGAAGAUGUAUCUUGCGCGACUGGAAAAGAGUUUCGAAGAAGUGCUUCUCAUUUAAAAAAUAUAAUACGUGCCAAUACAACCUUGAAAGCAUACUAAAUUGAGUUGUAAAUUUCGUUAUGUAGAUAUUUAAAAAAAAAUAAAUAUUCGUCGCCUGCAUCUCGGAAGUUAUAAACGAUUCAAACCGGUACUUUUGUUAUUUCAUGUCUCAUACGACUUCCAUUCUUUUCAUUUUCUUACUGUUAACAAUGUAGUUAAUUUUUUCUCAGCAAUUAUGAUAAAUAUUUGAAAAAUG